CGUGCUGAAAUUUUAAUUUACAGAAUUAGAGUAAAAUAAAGUACUCUGUGAUUAAAACUUUAUUGAUUUAGCUAUUGUGUAGGAUGGAUAGGGAAGUUACAUUGGUACUUGGUAUUUAUUGAUUAAUACACUAAAUGGUAGCUACAAUUAAAUUAUUCGAUUAAAGUUAACGUUGAACAUUCGAGUUAGUAACUUAAUGAAGGAAGAGUCUACAAUACGCAAAAAGUGUAGUUUUCGAGGCCAUUAAAUUGGAGUAAAUAGAAUAAUAUUCAGAAAAUGCAGUGCUGUGUGCCUUUCUGCGAAAGCACUUUUACAUCUGAGAGUAAUGGAGUCACUUUUUAUAGGUUUCCCAGUGACAUAUAUCUCCGAGCAGCCUGGCUCAGAGCCCUCGGCACACAAGACACACGCCGGCUGCAGCCAGACACUGCUGUGGUCUGCUCACUGCAUUUCUUGGAUGACCACUUCUAUGAAACAGCAGCUCGUGGAAGGCAGAUCUGCUCUGAUGCUAUUCCUUCAACAGUGCAGAUGUGCAUUGUAUGCCUGGACACUGACAGCAAGCUGGUAUCAAUGAGUAAGCGCCAAUUGUGGCUGGCCUAUGGACUGUUGACUGGACAGACUGUGUAUUUGGGAACAAACCUGCAGGGCGCUAUGUGUGUGCUGUGUGCUCAGAGAUUGAGUAACUUCAGCAGACUGAGGGACUUGAGCUUGAGAGCGCGCUCACUGAUGAUGGACUUGAUACAGAAAUAUGGAUUAAUUACAAUACAACAUACAACAAUAAUGAAAGAAACAGCAAAACAACUAAAACAUAAUUUAGUGUCAACAACAUCAGAACCUAACCAAUGUGACUUGUACAUAAAUCGGUGUGAAGACAAACAGUCACCGAAGCACUCUGUGGGAAAUAUAACAGUUGUCAAAGAAGAAACAGUUGAUUGUGUAGAAGUGAAACAUGAAAAUGACCUACCAGACAAUGUUAAUAUUGACACAUUUGUCAAUGACGGAUACUCUGACAUCACCAUGGAGAUGGAACCUCUGAAGAGUUGUGAAAGACUUGAAACAUGGAAUGACCGACAACCACUAGAAGACUCUGUGAAACAUGUUACAGUUGUCAAAGAAGAAACAAUUGAUUGUGUAGAAGUGAAACAUGAAAAUGACCUACCAGACAAUGUCAAUAUUGACAGAUUUGUCAAUGACGGAUACUCUGACAUGACCAUGGAGAUGGAACCUCUGAAUAGUUGUAAAAGACUUGAAACACGGAAUGACCUACAGUCACCGGAAGACUCUGUGAGACAUUCUACAGUUGUCAAAGAAGAAACAAUUGAUUGUAUAGAAGUGAAACAUGAAAAUGACCUACCAGACAAUGUCAAUAUUGACAGAAUUGUCAAUGACGGAUACUCUGACAUGACCAUGGAGAUGGAACCUCUGAAUAGUUGUAAAAGACUUGAAACACGGAAUGACCUACUGUCACUGGAAGACUCUGUGAGACAUGUUACAGUUGUCAAAGAAGAAACAGUUGAUUGUGUAGAAGUGAAACAUGAAAAUGACCUACCAGACAAUGUGAAUAUUGACACAUUGGCCAAUGGUAGAUACUCCGACAUCACCAUGGAGAUGGAACCUCUGAAGAGUUGUAAAAGACUUGAAACACGGAAUGACCUACAGUUACCGGAAGACUCUGUGAGACAUGUUACAGUUGUCAAAGAAGAAACAGUUGAUUACGUAGAAGUGAAACAUGAAAAUGACCUACCAGACAAUGUAAAUAUUGACAGAUUUGUCAAUGAAGGAAAUACUGAAACCACCAUAGAGAUUGUACCUCCCAAAAGUGAAGGACUAGAAACACGGAGUCCUAUAAAGAAUGAGGAAACUUUCAUAUGCUUACAUUGUUUUGAGGAAUUUGUUGACGAGCUUGCAUAUUAUGAACAUAUGAGCACUCAUAUUGGGAAGGCUGGCAACACUGGCAACUGCUCUUCACAGCGCGAGCGUCAGGCGUCUAGAAGCUGGGACACGCAAGGAACGGAGAGAGUGCUUGCGUCCUCGAGCGCUGCCUCACCUCACACUAUUGUCACUCCAUCGAUCGCGAGACCUACAACUGAUAAAACAAACAUACAUUCAACGGAAGAAACAGAUGCAAUAUUGAACAAAACUGAACAAGUCCAUCAGUCCCAGGGUAAUAAUAAACCACACACAGAAAACGUGAACUCACAAAUGAGAACCCACACUGACGAAAAGCCUCACUCUUGUGAUUUGUGCGACUACAAAUGUGCUUAUAAAAGUAUUUUGGCGAGACACAAAAAAUCUCACACUGGCGUAAAACCGUUUGUCUGUGAUAUAUGUAGUUAUAAGUGUAAGGAGAAGCAUAACUUAUUCAUGCACAUGAGAAUUCACACUGGUGAAAAACCAUUCACUUGUGACUUGUGUGAUUACAAAUGUGCACAAAAACAUAACUUACUCACCCACAUGAGAAUUCAUACACGUGAAAAACCUUAUUCCUGUGAUAUAUGUGAUUACAAAUGUCUACGAAAAAGCACUUUAGUUAGACAUAAAAGAGUACAUACUGGUGAAAAGCCGCAUUCCUGUGACAUUUGUGAUUACAAAUGUAUACAAAGAAGUAACCUACUCAACCACAUGAGAAGUCACUCUGGUGACAAAUACUCGUGUGAGAUGUGCGAUUUUAAAUGUUUACAAAAGAAAAAUCUAACGAGCCACAUAAGAAGUCACACUGGCGAAAAGCCUUACUCUUGUGACUUGUGCAAUUACAAAUGUUCUAUAAAAGGUAGUUUGGUGAGACACAAGCGUACCCACACCGGUGUGAAGCCUCAUUGCUGUCAGAUAUGCGAUUACAAAUGUGCAAGAAAACACAACUUACUCACACACAUGAGUAUUCACAGUGCUGAUAAACCUUAUUCGUGUGAUAUGUGUGACUACAAAUGUAUAAGAAAAGAUGCUCUAGUGAGACACAGAAGAACCCACACUGGCGAGAAGCCUUACGCUUGCGAAGUAUGCGACUACAGAUGCAUACAUAAGAGUAAUUUAAUUACCCACAUGCGAGGUCACUCUGGUGAAAAGCCUUACUCCUGUGGGGUUUGCGAUUUUAAAUGUAUACAGAAAAAUAAUUUGACAAGGCACAUGAGAAUCCACACUGGUGAAAAGCCUUACUCUUGUGAGUUGUGCGAUUACAAAUGUGCUCAUAACAGUCAGUUAACCAGGCAUUUGAGAACUCACACUGGUGAAACAUCUAACUUGUGUUAGAUAGGCACAAGUAUACGCAAUACCGACAGAUGAGAUUGUAAUAAUAUUAAUGUCAGAAAUAAGAAUAGAAUUGUUUGAAGCGACCCCACACACGACAUCGGUCCAUCUAAUGGGGGGUCGACCAACAGCGCAGUAUUGGUCGACCCCCCAUUAGAUGGACCAAGGAUAUCAAGCGGGUUGUAGGGAGCCGCUGGAUGCUGGCGGCUCGAGACCGUUGUUUGUAUGAUUAUUUUUGUUAAAUUUCUAAUGUUUGUUUAAAAUUUUUAAGAAAUAAAAUUGUUUAUUUUAAUAGGAGGUUCAAUUAUGUACCUACCUAAUAUUUUUCAAUAACAAUAUUCGAUGUUAAAGUCAGAGUACUUAUUAAGUAUAUAACUAAUUAGAUAAUAGGGAUGAUGACAGUUUGUUAAAUUGUAUAUAAAUUAAGAGUAUACUAAUAGCAAAGCAAUUUUGUAAAAGUAACAGGGUAUCUGCGAUCAUUACUUUCGGAGCUACAGGGAUUUAAAGGGUCCGAUUUGCGGCGCUGCCGCGGAUUACUGAAAAACGCUCCAUACAAAAUGGUACGAACUAAUGACGUCGUAGGUACAUAAUGAUCGUUAGAUUUGUAUGGGCGUUGAAACAAAAUUACUAAUAUCUUUGUUUAUUUGUGCGUUUAUGUUUAUAGUUCACAUAUUAAAAAAUGUCACAUUUAAUGUAAGGAAGCUAAAACUGUAUGAAUUUUCAUCUAAUUACGAUAAAAAAAAUUUAAUAGAUUUUGAAAUUUUAUAAUCUUAUUUAUUUUGCAAAUAUCCAGACAAUCUUUGCUUUUCAUGUAUAAAUUAGUUAACAUUGACCUUAUUUACCCAUACAUAAAAACCAAUAUAUUCAAACCUAGUCAUCAUCCCCAUUAAGAAAAAAACAAAUUAGACUUGUUGGAUAGAAGCAGGCGUUACUUUGCGGAAGUUCAUCAUGAUUAUAUAAUGAUUUAUUUAUUUUGCUAUCAUCCGCGAAAAUUCGGCGAACCCAUGCGUGCUAAGUGACUGAAUUUACAUGACUGUACUUACUGUUGACAGUGACAGUGAAUGUGACUGUGACUCGACUUGACUGUGGAUUGACUGACUGGACUUACGGGAGAUCGUCAAAUUCAACGCGAAGGUAUGUUAAUUUUGUUGAUUAGGUAUAUUUAAUAUUAUCUACUAAUUACUAAUUUUAAAAAAAUUGUGGUUUGUAAAUCCCAGUCAAUUAAAAGUUUACCGACAAUGAUUAGUGUCUGAAGUUCCUUCAACAGAAGAAAUCUGAUAUCUUCAGAUGGGCUUAUCCGAUCUUCAUUCAACGUUAAGAAGUCUCUCAUAAACUUUUUAAUUUAAUAUGUACAAAUUAAAAAAAAAAUAAUAUUAAAGAUUUCUGGUUUGCACAUAUUAAAUUUUAAAAAAGCUACGAAGACAGACACAUUAAUACGACGUCUGUCUGUAACUUGUGUCUUCUUGGGACAGUUUUGGAUUUUUUUUUAAUUUACCUAUUAUACACACACACAGACA